GCAGGCAGGGCGCCGGACAAAGCACUUGGGACACAAUUCAUUUUAAAAAAAAAAUUUUUAAAAAAUUUCAAAUUUGCCGCCUGUUCCGUCGCCCGUACGUCCCGACGUCACAGGGACCAGAACACAGAAGCCGGAUGCCGGCAUCAGCCGGUUGAGAUGGCCGGGGACGCUGCAGGGGACACAUCGCGGGAGCGAAGGACAAGGUAAGUGCUGCAGGGACUCCCUGAGCAACGCCGCAUGGUAAGCCCGAGUGUAGCUCGGGGUUACUACUUUUGGUACUGAUAU